AUGCUCCCGCAAACGACUUCACAGACAUCACUAGGUCGGACUGCCGGAAAAUCGCCUCUCACUUAUACACGAAUCCAUGGCAACAAUGCGCUGACACAUACACCAGAGGCGCCAGACCCAAAGGCGACGACGGUGAUCAGACGAGCAAGCUCGCCGUGCGAAGAGAGGAGAAGGAGGAUGAUGGGAAAAGGGCCCGCGAAGGAGGAGAAGAACACAUGGGAGAUCACGAUUCCCGUGGCGGUGCUCACCAGGAUCCGUGUGGCGAGAUUUGCAGACGCGCAGCAGACUCUGGCCUACUCGGUAGAUUAUAGGACUCUAACACGCCGCAUCCCUUCGUUCACCGUUAAUUGA